AUGGUGUUGCUUCUUCCCUGGCUGUUCAUUAUUCUACGGCUAGAAAAUGCCCAAGCUCAACUUGAAGAUGAAGGCAACUUCUAUUCUGAAAACGUCAGUCGGAUUCUUGACAACUUGCUGGAAGGCUAUGACAAUCGUCUACGGCCAGGAUUUGGAGGUGCUGUCACAGAAGUCAAAACAGACAUCUAUGUGACCAGCUUUGGGCCUGUGUCAGAUGUGGAAAUGGAGUAUACAAUGGAUGUUUUCUUCCGCCAGACUUGGAUUGAUGAGAGGCUGAAGUUUAGGGGUCCCGCUGAGAUUCUUAGUUUAAAUAACUUGAUGGUCAGCAAGAUCUGGACUCCAGACACUUUUUUCCGGAAUGGGAAAAAGUCAAUUGCUCACAACAUGACCACCCCUAAUAAGCUCUUCCGAUUAAUGCAGAACGGAACUAUCCUGUACACCAUGAGGCUUACCAUCAAUGCCGAUUGUCCCAUGAGGCUGGUGAACUUCCCAAUGGAUGGACACGCUUGUCCACUCAAGUUUGGGAGCUAUGCUUAUCCUAAAAGCGAAAUCAUAUAUACAUGGAAAAAAGGACCCCUUUACUCAGUAGAAGUCCCAGAAGAAUCUUCUAGCCUCCUACAGUAUGAUUUGAUUGGGCAAACAGUUUCUAGUGAGACUAUUAAAUCUAACACAGGUGACUAUGCAAUAAUGACAGUCUAUUUCCACUUACAAAGGAAGAUGGGCUAUUUCAUGAUCCAGAUAUACACUCCCUGCAUCAUGACAGUCAUUCUUUCCCAGGUGUCUUUCUGGAUUAAUAAGGAGUCGGUCCCAGCAAGAACUGUCUUUGGAAUCACCACUGUUUUAACCAUGACCACCUUAAGCAUCAGUGCCCGGCACUCGCUUCCUAAAGUGUCCUACGCGACUGCCAUGGACUGGUUCAUAGCCGUGUGCUUUGCUUUUGUCUUUUCUGCCCUCAUUGAGUUUGCAGCUGUCAACUACUUCACCAACCUCCAGUCACAGAAGGCAGAAAGGAGGGCUGCACAGACCGCAGCCCCGCCCCCUGUGGCAACAUCAAAAGCAACUGAACCACGAGAAGCUGAGAUUAUUGUGCACUCUGACUCCAAGUACCAUCUUAAGAAGAGGAUCAGCUCUCUGAACUUGCCGAUAGUUUCAUCAUCUGAGGCCAGCAAAGUCCUCAGUAGAACGCCCAUCUUACCAUCAACACCUGUCACUCCCCCACUGCUCUUACCAGCUGUUGGAGGCACCAGCAAAAUAGAUCAAUAUUCUCGAAUUCUCUUUCCCGUAGCAUUUGCAGGAUUCAACCUUGUGUACUGGAUAGUUUACCUUUCCAAGGACACAAUGGAAGUGAGCAGUACUGUUGAGUAG